AUGAUGGUCCCUCCUCCACCCUCUCCCCUCUUCCCCCGUCAUGAUCGACGAACUAACAUGGCGGUUUUGGUUUAUUUGAUUGCGCAUCCAGGUGAGCUGCGUAUCGGAAUAAUUUUAAGACUUGACGACGCAAAUUUUACGAGGGACAAUAUCCUUCGGGUGAAGGGUAAUGAAGCCGUCCCAAUGAUUGUCGUUGGUAACAAGAAGGAUCUGGAAGGCAAUCGUCAAGUGCCCACUGAGGAGGCCAAGCGGUGGACCGCCUCUCACGGUCUCCGCUACAUCGAGACCUCGGCUAAGACAAAUGAGAAUGUCGACGACGCAUUCCUUCAGCUGAGUUCCAUGGUUUUUAACCAGAAACGAGCGCAGAGGACCCAAAAGGCCAAUCCGCCCAAUGGAAAACCCCACCGGAAGAAGAUCCGUUGUGAUAUUCUGUAA